UACUAACGGGUGCUGGGCACAGAGCGCGGCGCCGUGUCUGUGGACCGAAUGCACCAGACACGCUGCGUGCCGGGCCGGGCUGGCUCAGUCUGGGCCGGCCCUGCAGGCUGCGUGUGGGCAGGGGCCGAGCUGGGGCCUUGCCGGGCAGUGGGGGCCGUGGAGGGAAGGAGGACGGAGCUCCAGGUGGGGAAGCCGCCGCCUGCCUUCGGCAGCCUCAGGUGACAGGCUUGUUCACAUCUGCUCAGGUGAACGUGUCCUUCUCGCUGUCCCUGGAGCUGCUCUCCUACCAGAAGCUCCCGGCUGACCAGAUGCUGCCCGGAGUGGACAUCCGGCAGCGCGCCAGUGGGGAGAAAGAGAUGGUGUUUACUCAGAACCUGCUCCUGGAGUACGCCAACCAGACCGCUCAGGUGGUGCCCCUGAGGGCCACAGUGGCCGUGCCCGAGCUGCAGCUCUCCACCAGCUGGGUGGACUUCGGGACCUGCUUUGUGAACCAGGGGCAGGUCCGGGAGGUCGACCUCAUGAACCUGAGCGGCUGUCGGAGCUACUGGGCUGUGCUGACGGGCCAGCAGGAGCCAGACAAGGACCCUGCGGCCUUCAGGGUAUCUCCAAACAGUGGCCUGCUGGAGGCAGGACCAGUCAGUUUGCCCCCAAAUACCAUCACCCUCCAGGCCCAGACCCCCUUCCUAACCUCAGCCUCCCACUCCCUCCAGGAGCAGUGA